UCCCUCUUCUUUGUUUUUCCUUUGAGCACAUAAAUCAAAGGUCGUCGACAAUCUAUUCCCAUACUUCGAAGGGUUACAAAAUAUUCCUCUUUGUCUCCUUCUCCCUGUUAGCAAUGGCAAUGGCAAAAAGGCUAGAUGGCAAAGUGGCAAUCAUAACUGGUGGAGCAAGCGGGAUUGGAGCAAGUACCGUGCAUCUCUUCCAUGAACAUGGUGCCAAGGUUGUCAUUGCUGAUGUGCAAGAUAUCCUAGGCCAAGAAAUUGCAGAUAAGCUUGGGAAAAAUGUUAGCUACAUCCAUUGUGAUGUGACAAAUGAAGAUGAUAUCUGCAAUCUUAUUGACACCACCGUUGCCAAACAUGGACAACUUGAUAUAAUGUACAACAAUGCGGGCAUCAUAGACUGCCCUAGCCCAUUAGGGAGAAUUCUGGAUACAAAGAAGUCAGAUCUAGAGCGAAUUAUUAGCGUGAACUUGGUUGGCUCUUUCCUAGGAGCCAAACAUGCCGCAAGGGUUAUGGUACCACAGCGCAAAGGAUGCAUAUUAUUUACUACUAGUGCAGCCACAGCAAUAGCAGGAAUUUCAAGUCAUGCUUAUGCAGCCUCAAAGUGGGCAAUUGUGGGGGUAGCUAAAGGCUUGGCAGCUGAGCUUGGCCAAUAUGGUAUAAGAGUAAAUUGUGUGUCUCCAUUUGCAGUCUUGGGGACUGGUAUAUCUGCAGCGAGGAGUGAAGCUGAUGUAUCUAAAGCAGAAUUCGCGCUAAGUAAUCAUGUUGGUAAUCUAAAGGGACAAAUUCUCAAGGCAGAAGAUGUAGCACGAGCAGCACUAUACUUGGCUAGCGAUGAAGCAAAUUAUAUAAGCGGGCUCAACCUUUUGGUAGAUGGAGGGUAUAGUGUGGUGAAUCCUAACAUGGUGAAUAUUUUAAGCGCCAACAUGGGUUAGAAUUUGAGUACUACUCCCCAACUCUUGUUUACUGUUGCAUGGAAUGUAUAACAAUAAGAGUCUUUAUGACUUCGUAAGUGUUUAAAAUUGAUAUGUUGUGAUUAGUGUAUAAUAAUCACAACUAGUCACCACUUUAGUUCUGGUUUUGUAAUUUUAUUACUUACGAUCAAUAAAGAUCCAAGCCGUUUAUUUUUAAAAAGGAAAUAAAAACU